AUAACCUCGAUAGUUUAUUUUGAAAAAUAUUCCAUAUUUCGGACUGGGACCUCAAAUCCUUUCGAGGAUUCCCUGCGGACUGUGUGAGUUACCCCGAGCCCAAAAUCCUUAAUGACACAGAACAGCGUUUUCCAAAUUCAAAGGAGCAAAGAAAACUGAUGUCUUUCCCUCCUCCCUCCUCCUCCUCCUCCUCUUCUGUACAAACUCUACUCAAAAGUGGGUUCUCUCCAACUCUCAAAUCCAUCAACCAAUUUCUCCACUUUCUCUCAAAAUCCCAGAAAUACGAAUUGAUCACUCACUUUUUCUGUCAAAUUAAUCGAAACAAGAUCAAAUGCAACCCCCAAACUCAUUCAGUUUUCACCUGUGCUCUCCUCAAACUCGAAAAAUUUGAAGAAGCAGAGCAUUUUAUGAAGACCCAGAUGGAGAAAUCUUCAAAAGUUUCAGGAUUUGGCGUUUGGGAUUCUUUAAUUCGAGGUUUUAGUGUCAAUAAAAAGGACCCUGAGAAGGGUUUGUCGAUACUAAAAGAUUGCUUGAGGAAUUAUGGUAUUUUGCCUUCUUCUUUUACUUUUUGUUCACUGAUUCAUAGUUUUAGUUAUAAAAGAAAUAUGAGUGGAGCAAUUGAGGUGUUAGAGUUAAUGAAGGAUGAGAAAGUUAGAUACCCUUUUAAUAAUUUUGUUUGUAGUUCAAUCAUUUAUGGGUUUUGUAAGAUAGGAAAGCCAGAACUUGCUAUUGGGUUUUUUGAAAAUGCUGUAAAGGUUGGAGCUUUAAGGCCCAAUGUUGUGACAUAUACUACACUUGUGAGUGCACUUUGUAUGUUAGGUAGAGUUAGUGAGGUCUGUGAUUUGGUUUGUAGGAUGGAGAAGGAAGGACUGGCAUUUGAUGUUGUCUUUUAUAGCAAUUGGAUUUGUGGGUAUUUUAGGGAAGGGAUGUUAAUGGAAGCGUUACGAAAGCAUGGGGAAAUGGUGGGAAAAGGAAUAAAUCUGGAUAUGGUAAGCUAUACUGUACUCAUUGAUGGUUUUUCUAAGGGAGGGAAUGUGGAGAAGGCGGUUGGUUUUCUCGACAAGAUGAUUGAAAAUGGGUCAAGACCCAAUUUGGUUACCUAUACUUCAAUCGUGAUGGGGUUUUGCCAGAAAGGAAAAAUGGAUGAGGCGUUUGCAGCAUUUAAGAUGGUUGAAGAUAUGGGAAUGGAAGUGGAUGAGUUCGUUUAUGCUGUUUUGAUUGAAGGGUUUUGUAGGGAAGGAGACUUUGAUCGUGUUUAUCAGUUGCUUGAGGACAUGGAGCUUAAGAGGAUUAGUCCAAGCAUUGUUACUUAUAAUACUUUGAUCAAUGGGUUGUGCAAGAGUGGGAGGACAUUAGAAGCAGAUGAAGUCUCAAAAAGGAUACAAGGAGAUGUAGUUACAUACAGUACAUUGUUACAUGGGUACACAGUGGAAGAGAACAGUGCAGGGAUUUUGGAAAUUAAAAGGAGGUGGGAAGAAGCUGGAGUUUGCAUGGAUAUUGUAAUGUGUAACAUACUUAUCAAAGCACUCUUUAUGGUUGGUGCAUUUGAAGAUGUGUAUGCACUGUACAAAGGAAUGAAAGAAAUGGAUUUGGUUGCAGACUCGGUUACUUAUUGUACAUUGAUCAAUGGAUAUUGUAAAUCCAGUAGAAUUGAUGAAGCACUUGAGAUAUUUGAUGAGUUUAGGAAGAUGUUAGCUUCUUCAGUUGCAUGCUACAAUUGUAUGAUUAAUGGGCUGUGCAAGAAUGGUAUGGUGGAUCUGGCCACAGAGGUAUUCAUUGAACUCAGUGAGAAAGGUUUGACUUUUGAUGUGGGCAUAUAUAUGACUUUAAUCAAGGCAAUAGCUAAAGCAGAAAGCAUGGAGGGAGUUUUGAAUCUAAUUUAUAGAAUUGAGAAUCUGGGGUUGGACAUGUAUGACACUAUAUGCAAUGACACAAUCAGUUUUCUGUGCAAGCAGAAAUGUCCCCUGGCUGCAACUGAAGUGUGCAUGGUGCUCAGGAAGAAUCAGUUGAUUGUUACAUGUAAGUCUUACUAUUCAAUUUUGAAAGGGCUUAUUGAUGAUGGAAAAAUAUGGCUGAGUAAGCUCUUAAUAGGAAGUUUUAUGAAAGACUAUGGCAUUGCUGAACCUAAAUUAAGUAAGAUACUACUGCAUUACCUCAGUCUGAAAGACAUUAACAGUGCACUUUGUUUUCUGAGUAAGAUGAAGGAAAGUGAUUCAUCUGUCACUUUUCCUGUUUGUGCUUUAAAAGUACUAAUGAAAACUGGUAGAUUUUUGGCUGCCUAUGAACUUGUCAUGGGAGCUAAACAUAAUCUACCAGUUAUGGAUGUGGUUGAUUACUCUAUCAUUGUUGAUGGCCUUUGCAAAGGAGGGUAUCCUGUCAAGGCUUUAGAUCUCUGUGCUUUUGUUGAAAACAUGGGUGUAAUUUUUAACAUAAUAACUUAUAACUCAGUCAUAAACGGACUGUGCCGACAGGGUUGUCUUGUUGAAGCAUUUCGGCUGUUUGAUUCAUUAGAGAAAAUCAACUUGAUUCCCUCAGAAAUAACAUAUGCGACACUCGUUGACAACUUAUGUAAAGAAGGAUAUCUGGUGGAUGCCAAGAAAUUACUUGAGAGGAUGCUCCUCAAGGGCUAUAAAGGAAACACACGCAUCUAUAACUCAUUCAUUCACGGUUACUGCAAAUUUGGACAACUAGAGGAAGCCUUGAUGAUUCUGGAUCAUAUGGAGAUCAAAUACCUUGUUCCUGAUGAAUUUACUGUCAGCUCUGUGAUUUAUGGUUUUUGUCAGAAGGGUGAUAUGGAAGGGGCUCUAGGAUUUUAUUUUGAACACAAGGGGAAAGGUAUAUCCCCUGAUUUCUUGGGUUUUCUGCGUUUGAUAAGAGGUCUUUGUGCAAAGGGGAGGAUGGAAGAGGCCAGGAGCAUUUUAAGAGAAAUGCUUCAGUCACAAUCUGUUAAGGAGCUGAUAAACAGAGUCAACACAGAGGUGGAAACAGAAUCAGUAGAAAGUAUUCUUGUCUUUUUAUGUGAGCAGGGAAGUAUCAAGGAAGCAGUUACUGUACUUAAUGAAGUUAGCUCUGUAUUUUUUCCUGUUGAAAGGUGGUUUGGCCCUUUUCAUGAAUCUCAAGAACUGCUGCCACUUUCAGAGUUGAAUGGUUUUAGUAGUGUUUCAUCCAGCACUGUAACUUCUUGUGAAAUAAAUGAUUUUGAUUUGGCAUCUGUGAAUAAAGUAGAUAACAUGGUGGAGAACCCUGGUGAUUUGAAGAGGGUUUCUCAAUGUAAUUUCUUUGACUCUUAUUACUCUCUUAUCGCACCACUCUGCUUGAAAGGGGAGCUACAGGAGGCUAAUAUAUUAGCAAAGGAGAUGCUUGCUAGUUUGGAUGGAGAUUGUUAAUGGAUUACACAUUGUUUGGUUCUACCACGUUCACUGUUUCUUCCUCCUAUGCAGAACAUGUAACCUCCCUAUUACAAAUUUCAGGUUGAGUUUGGCUCCCUUCUAUCCAUUUAUGGUUUGCUUCUUCUUCUUCUUUUUUCCAUGGGUGUGGAUUUGAGUAUUUAUGUUUCUUCUCUCCCCCCGUCGUAUAUUCUGGGUUUAGUAAGCAUAAUGGACAAGCAUUUACUUUUAUAUUUUUAAAGGAAGAAACGAAUACUGGGUGCUUUUAAAAGUUGCUUCCAAGGACGUAGGUUUGUAAAUACUUUUCCACCAAAUUCCCAAGCAUGGAAUGGCGAGGCUAGGAAAUUGAAUGAAUGAAGCAGCAUAUCACUCUCUUCAGCAAUCUCAUAUUGUUUAAGGAUGUCUUGAUGGCAUUGCUUUUGGUUGAGGUGAUUCUGGGAGGCUGGACUUCAUGUUCUGGAAUGGUUUAACAGUGCUUGCAUGAGCUGAAGAUGGAUUUAAUACAGGCGUAGCAGGGAUCUUUCCUAUUUCAUUAGCCCUAUCUGUCCUAAUUGCCAUGGAGACCAUAGUGCCUGUCAAUCCAACAUUCUUGGGGUUUGAAUUUUAUCAUUUCGCAUCUUAUGAUGAAAAUCAGCAGGUUUAGGUUCUCUCUAUAACUUGCUUUCUUCUAUGGAUGUGAUGUAACCGCCUUUUUUAUGGUUUUUCUUGGUGGUGUUGCCUCUAACGUCCAUAAUUGCUAGAUAGAAUCGGAGAGUGUUCUGCUCUUACGCUUUUGAUGGUUUGUGAAAAUUGGCAGUGACACUUCAAUUUUUCUUCUGCAGAGCUAGGAUGAGUCGUAUAAAAAGAUGCAUUGCCUCGAUCAUGAGAUGUUAUUCCGAUCCACACAGCGGGGUGUCUAGCAACAAAGUUUGGAUAUUUUGGCGUCUGAGUUGGCUGCUGUCACAACAAGGUGGUGCCUUUCUGCAUGGCGUCUUCUGGCAAUGUUUCUGUGUUGGUUUUCCAGGAAUGUAAUCUUCUGCAUUCAAUAUCAGAUAUAUUCUUGUGUUCAUAGUUCCGAACCUGGCCAAAUCAGAUAAUUUAAAUUAUAGUUUAUGUGAUCAUAGUUCGGCAUUCAAUAUCAGAUAAUGUAAAUUAUAAACCGUAAUCAA